AAAUGUGAGCGAGAUGGCGCGAUAAGUCGAUGUGCGAUGCACAGGCAAAUUGCAUGCUGGAUGGUAAACCGGAUAGACGAGACGUGCCUACAACACUGCGCAGUUCAUGCCAACACUCAACAUCCCCGGCUCCACAAGCAAAACGGUCGGUAAAUCUUCGGAAGCGACCACACAAAAAAAAAUCGUCUUUGGGCAAUUUCUAAUAAGUGUAUCUGUCUCGUCUCGCUCGAGGAUCGGGAAACUAUUAAGUCUUUGUUAAACUGAAUAACAGAAGCGGUGAAUGAUUUCUAGCAAGUUACAACCAUCUAGCCCCCUUCAGCCCCCCUCUGGCCCCCCUCUGCAUAGCGAGUAGUACCUCGUGUUUAUUGCGUGAGUCACUGCUUUUGGGAUGAAGUAUAUUGACCUCGUGGAGGACCGGCCAUACCAUUCACAUGUACCCAACACAAAACUGGACCAUUCACUGCUUUCUUCUGCUCCUCGUUUUUAUCGUCAACUUGCAAUAAAAAUUCAGCGGAGACUUUGGACUUGGAAUCAGUUCCUUGUGUAACUCAACGACAGAGUGGCAAGUGCAUGUACUUGGUGGUCCAACUUUGUUUUUCAAUAAACUGAGCGGUUUCGUCAAUCGUCGCUGUGUGAAGUUUGUGUGCAUCGUGCCGUGUCUGCUGGCUGCAGUUGUUUUGUUGUUCUUUUUUUGCAAGAGGAACUGUCUACUCUUAGAUGUUGGCGGUAUGAUGGCUGAGUUGCUGCCAGUAGUAUUCACGGUCAUCGUGGGUCUAACAUUUCCUUAUCUACCCAGCAGUCAGGCUGACGAUAACCCAGAUUUGUUAAUGUCAACGUUAAGAAGCAAGUUUGUGUUUGCCUGUGACAAGGAUCUCCUGACAUUCAAGUGCCCAAACAGCACAGUCAUUACAAUAGAAAGUGCCAACUAUGGACGACAGGUGCCCAGUGAACGCAUGUGCCCAUACAGAUGGAGCACAGUAGGCAGCUAUCAAGUCACACAAUAUCAUGAGAACACCAACUGCAAGGCAGUUAAUUCUCAUCAGGUUAUAGAAAACAUGUGUGAGAGCAGACAAUUCUGCAAGCUCAGGGUUUCCAGCGAUUUGUUUGGUGGUGAUCCAUGUCCUGGAACAAACAAGUACCUAGACGUCACAUAUAAAUGUAAACCCAGUGUAUUUCACAACGUGGUAGUGUGUGAAAACAGCCACAUGAUGCUACAUUGUAAUGGCAAAGAAGUUUUAGCAAUUCACUCGGCUGGAUUUGGUCGACCCAUUGCUGCUAACAUGAAGUGUCCAUCCUUCAGCAUGGAUGAUAUAGAAUGUUCCUCUUCGUCAUCAUUGGAAGAGGUGAUGAAGCGUUGCCAUGGUAAGAGACACUGUACAGUCAAAGCCAGUACUCGCAUCUUUGGGGAGCCAUGCCAAGCUGGAACCUACAAGUAUCUGAGUGUAAUUUAUACUUGUGUUUCUAAGAGGAUAUUUCGUAAGCCAAGGCGAUAUACCGGUGCUGCUACUGUACCCCAGAAUUUUGCCGUCAAUCUAACAACUCCUAGUCCGUCCUUUAGGCCAGACUAUGAUUCACAAGGCGGGACAGCUUACACCAUGACUGAAGCAACUGAUUUCAAUCAAGGGUUUGUCACAGCCAAUGAUAGCUCUGGCACAAUCAGCUCAACUGCCAACACUAGUCUGAGUGAAGGACCUCCCACACGGAAUGAUCAGGAUCAAGCAUCAGGAUUCUUCACUAGUCUGUUGGCUGCCAUAGGCAGUAUUCAAUUGAACACUGAGGUGUUUGUGCUAUACGUCUCUAUUGGCUGCUGUAUUGGAAUCAUAGGAACGUUACUGUGGUGUGUUGUAAGACUGAAAUGUCAGCAUUAUCACUUGAAGAAGAAGAUGGAAGAGUCAGGCACCUCAUCAAAUACAACUGAGGCAAAUAGAACACCUCCUGGGAAUGGUUCAGUGCUUGAAUCAGUUCGACAGGAGAAUAGAGUAGACAUUAAUGAAAUCUGGAAUACUCCGCCACCCUCAGCGUCGUCAGUCAGACCAGAGAACGGCAUCAAUGCAACCCGUCGAUGGGAACAAGCGAGUACAUUGCCUAGGGAAGCACAUACCCUCCCAGCAACACGGAAUCUCAACAGUUACUUCCCCUGACUAGGCCGGGGGUCUCAUCUUUCAGCUCAUGAAUAUGCAUUAGGUCAGGAUGAUGACUCUAUCUGAACUGGCAGGCACAUGAGAAAGAUGGGUCCCAAUCAUGUUCACAAGUCCCUGUCAUAUGUGGCUUCCUAGCUUGGCUGAACUGGACUUGGUUCAAUGACCACAAAUACUGAUCCAUUAAGGCCUGGCCAAUCACUCUGUGAUUGUGCAACUCAAUGUUUGAGGAAUGUCCAACGUGUGCACGUGCGUAUGAUGAAUGUGGCUGGAAUAUGCCAAACAUGCAGAGGCCAGUGUGUUGUUGCCCACGUGCGCAGUGGGUGCAUGAGGGCUUCAUGAUCCAUCUGUUGAUGAGUGAAUACCACGUUGUCAUCAUUAAUAACAGGUGACUGAUAAGACAUAUGCAGGUCUCUUUGAUCAAUUGCACUUGAUGCUCACUGGAUCUCAUGCACACCUCAACUUUCCAAGUGCUCACUCAUUGUCAGCCGACUGUUAAGAUACCUGUAAAUGUACACGUCUUCUAGGAUCAUUGGAUCUGAUUCUCACUGACUCUUUGCCAAGUGCUCCAUCAUUAUCAACUGACUGUUAAGAUUAUGUUUCUUUGAUGAAUGUGCAUGUGAUGCUGACUGGACUCUUUGCCAAAUGCUCACUCAUUGUCAGCAGACCCUUGAGAUGCACAUCUUCAGUGAAUUCACAACUUGCACAACUUCAGUGUCUACUGGAUGCUCUGCCUCAUGGGAUUUGUGCGCCAUGCUCAAGACACUCAAAGUAUGCUUCAUGCUCACUCCAUCCACUUGUCAAUGAUAAGGUAAAGAUAGUAUGUGAUGAUGUCAUUGGUUGAAUACACCACCCAAAGAAUGCAUGCACGUAAGCCCAAGGGGAAUUUGUGAACAAAUUCCUAUAAAAACGAGGCGUGAGGGGGACACGGGAGUUACUUGAUAAUCAGUGCCAUGUUAGACAUCCUAAAGCUACUGCUCUACUUUGGAGACUUUUUGUCUUCAGACCAAAUUUCAGCAUAAACAGAAGUUUCAAUAUAAACUGAAGGUUAAUAUUGACACACAUUUGUUAAUCGAUUCACAUCCACAAUUUAAGUAAAGUUGGCCUCAACAUUCAGAGCAAAUGCUGAAAUAUUCCAAAUCGUACGGUGUUUAGCUGAUUGUGGUUUAAGCUUACUUUUUACAGAUCAUGUUCGAACGUUGACCAAAAAUUGAUAAACAGGGUCCCUAUCAAGCAAACCAAACAUUCCGCAAUGUUUGUAGUUACUUUGCCAAAGUGUAUUAAAUAUUAACUUGAGGUUUUAAAAUACAUGUGAACCACUCCUUAUGAAUUAUUUAUAAAAUUAUAUUUAUAUAUGUAUAUGAGUAAUGUGGUACAAAACUGACUUUUCAUUGUCCAAUAGCAUAUCUUAUACAUUACCAACCUAUACAUACCUUUAAAUGUAGUGUGUAAAUGUUUAACAUGUUUUUAAAUAUUUUAUUACACAAUUUCUCAAAAAUUUGACUCAUAUCAUCAGCAGUU